AUGCCAGACAAGACUCCCGACAAUUUGAGUAAGGAAGAGAGAUCUGCCUUACAAUCAUUAAAAAGUCGGGAUGACAUUGUAAUCAAGAAAGCAGACAAAGGCUCUACAGUUGUAGUACUGGAUAAAGAGACUUACAUGGCGGAGGCCCAAAGACAACUCUCAGACGAACGUUUCUAUAAGAAACUGGACUCUGACCCUACUAAAGAAUUCUCCACCGCCAUUACCAAAACUCUUGACGAUAUGUUUGAGAAAAAUGAGAUUGGUAUCAACGUCUAUGAGACCUUAAAUCCUAUUGACUCUAGACCAGGACAAUUCUAUCUGCUUCCUAAAAUACACAAAGAAGGCAUGCCAGGUCGCCCCAUUGUCAGUGCAAUUGGACACCCCAUGGAGAAAAUUUCUGAAUUCAUUGAUUUACAUCUCCGUCCACACGUAGAGAAUUUGCCAUCCUAUCUCAAGGACACCACGAACUACAUUAACAAGACGCCCUCUACUUGCCUCCCAGAUCAUACCCUCCUCGUGACUAUGGACGUCACUUCUUUGUACACCAAUAUUCCGCACGAUGAGGGUAUCGAAGCCUGUAGAGAAGUCUGGGAUAUGUUGUAG